CAGACCAGGGCCUAUCUAACGUAGGGGUCAUUGUUCAAUGCAAUAUAUACUGGCAAUUACAGAUACUUGGGCAAGCUUGAUUUUCUGAGACAGAGAGUUGGUUUUGUGAGUGAAUUCGGGUGAACAUGACAGAAUGGUAAUCUGACAAAUUCGUUCCGUUUGCCACGUAGAUGUUCAGACCUUGGUGUUCCUCGGCGCAGACCAGGCCAGUUGUGGUUUCAGGGCAAGGACGGGCAACACCUUCAAACAGAGGUGGUGCUGAGGGACGGUCAGGUGGACCUCAGACGUUCCUUGAGGCGUACCCCAUAUUUGAACUUCAUGGCGCUCUGCCGAUGUGAAAGAAGUGCUGGCCAGCAGCUCAGCCCCACACGGUCGAGUGUCUGCGGUUUGGGUGGCGGCUUGCUGCCUCAUGUGCUGAGCUCCUGGGGAAUUCAGGUCUUAGCCCUGGAGCGCUCCGGGGAAGUGCUUGACUUGGCGCGACGCUUCUUCGGCCUCGCUCCGGCGGUGACGCCCCUGGAGAUCCAAAAAAUCUCCGUGGAAGACUUUGAGCCCAGGCAUAGUGCCUUUGAUGCCUGCGUGCUCGACAUCUUCGAGGGCCACACAGAGGCCGUCCCCGCCUUCACCAGGUCCAAAGACUUCCUUUCGUCCUUGAAGAGAGCUUUGAGGCCUGGAGGCCGGGUCCUGCAAAACGCCAUCGACGCCGUCGAGGGACCCUGGCGACUGAGCACCAGGCCACAGCCAUCGCGGUCGCGCCACGGCGAAGCCGUGCGCUGCACCGCGCGGGUGCGCCACGGCGCACCGGCCGGACCGUUGAGACCUGUGACCUACCAACGACGCAACGAGGACUUGCAGCUGCUGAAAGAGGCCUAUCGAGAGGCUCGAAGUGUGCCCUUCUUGCGCCCCUUGAAGCAUCAGCGCCAGGUCGAUGCGCUCGCGGCGGAGAUCCGGCAAUUGAAGGCCACGGAGUGGGCAGUGGUGGCGAAGGUGCAGGAACUGCAGCGUCUGAAGAGUCAACUCUCCAGUGACGACCCUCGCACGGACGCGGCCUUUUUCGCGCGUCAAAAGCAAGAGGCCGAAGACGCUCAGAAGCAAAAACAGGCGGACUUGACGCAUCAACGCGCUGAGCUCAAGGUCCUCAUUCGGGAUGCCUGGCAGUCUGGGGACCUUCUCCGGUUGGCCCUUGGCACCGGUCCGACCUUUCACUACGAGCCACUGAGCUGCGAGUUGACUCGUCGCUCCGUGAGCCGAACUGGGAGCCGAAGAGUCGAGACGGAGGACCCAUCGGAAGAAGUCUGGUUCAAGCCCCCACCGCGGUUGAACAGCAAAGAUUGCGGCUUCGGCGCAGGGGAGGAGCCAAAUCCACCCGUCUACAUUACGGAGAAGUGGGAUGGAACCACCAUGCAGGCCACGGCGCAGCACAUCUUCAAGCGCAUCGACCUUUGGGGGUGCGCCAACUGGCGGCGUGCGCCGCGUGCGCCGCGUGCGCCGCGGACUUGCGCUGACGGGGACGGUGCCUGGAGGGGCUUGGACUUUUUGGAGGCGGACCAGAGACUCUUGGAGGUGGGGAGGCUCCGCGUUUGGGUCCGGGUCGAUUCAGACAGCUCCCUGAUCGCUGAGCAUCCGGUUGCUUCGGUGGAUUGGUUCCGUGGAUUCCUUCGGUCGAUGAGUGGCUUGGUGCAUGGAGCAGACCCCACGGACGCGGUCCAUACCGACAUCAAUGCGAACUUCAAGCAUUUGCCGGGAAGCUUUGUGCAGGGAAAGCCUUUGGCCGGUAUCAAGACCUGGUAUUUUCUGCUUAGUGUUGUCUUCGACUUUUCGCGCUCGGGCUCGCAUGGCGUGGGAAGGUUUUUGCCUUUCGACGAGACCAUCGAGCUAGCGAAGCGGUUUGAUUUGAACGUGGUCAUUGACCAAUGGCUCUGUGAAGCGCAAGAGGCGAACAUUUGGGAGUAUGCCGACAUCGGCAUUCUACUCUCGAAUGUUUUGCUGAGUAUCGGAAGAAGCUCACUGCGGAGGACGAGCGGACGUGUGCUCAAGGGAGCGGACAUGUGUGUUCGACGUUUUCUCCUACGGAUGUCCUACUAUGCAGUUGAGCUUUGGGCUGACCUUGAGAAGGCUUCCAAGCGGCACUAUGCCACGGCACCUGCCAUGCUCGAAGGCUUCGUGGUGCGCGAGGCGGGUGCCGGUGGCCGCAUAGCCAAGGCGCGUGUGGAACAGCUCGAAGCGGCCGCGGCGGUUACGGCGGCGGCCGUGCAAGCGGACCCCAAGCCGAAGAUGCGGAGCAAGACGAAGGCGGAAGCCAAGGCGCGGUGUUGGAAGAAGUGGUGCUGUUGCCUUCUAAAGCUGCUAUAG